UUAACCCACAGCUUCUCUGACCAUCCAGUUGGCAAAGACCUGCAGGCCAUGAGGACUGGUCAAAGACAGAACAAAGGGAUGAGGACUCGACUGGGAUGCCUGUCUCACAAGUCAGACUCCUGUAGCGAUUUCACAGCUAUUCUUCCCGACAAACCCAACCGUGCUCUCAAGAGACUAUCCACAGAAGAAGCUACACGAUGGGCAGAUUCCUUCGAUGUGCUUCUCUCCCAUAAGUAUGGGGUGGCCGCAUUCCGCGCCUUCCUGAAGACAGAGUUCAGCGAGGAGAAUCUGGAGUUCUGGUUGGCCUGUGAGGAGUUCAAGAAGACCAGGUCAACUGCAAAGCUGGUCUCCAAGGCCCAUAGGAUCUUUGAGGAGUUUGUGGAUGUGCAGGCUCCGCGGGAGGUAAACAUUGACUUCCAGACCCGAGAAGCCACGAGGAAGAACCUGCAGGAGCCAUCCCCGACUUGCUUUGACCAAGCUCAGGGAAAAGUACACAGCCUCAUGGAGAAAGACUCUUACCCCAGGUUCCUGAGGUCCAAAAUGUACUUAGAUUUGCUGUCCCAAAGCCAGAGGAGGCUCAGUUAG